AUGUCGAUAAAUACAAACACAAGUCAAGAAGAAGUGAAAUUAACGAAUCUAUCAGAUUUAAAUAAUCAUGAUUCUAAUAAUCAACAAAAUUCUCAUAAUUCUCAAUUUCAAACUGAAAAUGAAAAACAACAACAAGAACCUUAUAACAUAGAAAAUGAUAAUUCAAGUUCAAAUUCUAAAAUUGAAGAUCAAGAAAUUCAAAAAUUUUUAGAAGAUGAUACAACUUCUUCAGAAAAUUUUGAUAUGAUUGAAUUAGAAGCAAAUGAUGAAAUAUUACAUUUAAAAAUGAAAUUGAUAAAUGAUACAAUUGAUGAAAUUGGUUUUACUCCUUAUCAUUUAAAAUUAUUUUUUUUAAAUGGUAUGGGAUAUUGGACAGAUACUCAAUUAACUUAUUUAGAAAGUUCAGUAAGAACUUUUAUAAAUUAUCAAUUUGGUUAUAAAUUCCCCAUAUCUAAUGAAAUGUUAGCUGCUGGAUUAUUAGUUGGUGCUAUAUUUUGGGGAUUUUCUGCUGAUUUAAUUGGUAGAAAAAUUGCAUUUAAUUUAAGUUUAUUACUAAGUGGUUUAUUUACAAUUAUAACUGGUACAAUGUCAUCAAUGGCAAGUUAUUGUAUAUUUGUAUUUUUAUCAUGUUUUGCUGCUGGUGGGAAUUUAGUAUUAGAUACUUGUAUAUUUUUAGAAUAUUUACCUCAUAAAAAUCAAUGGUUAUUAACAUUUUUUGCAUUUUUUUGGGGUAUUGGACAAGUUAUUGCAGUUGCUUUAGCUUAUGCUUUUUUACCUGGUAAUUCAUGUGAAAGUGAAUCAAAUUGUCCAAGUCAUGAAAAUAGAGGUUGGAGAUAUGUUUAUUAUACAAAUGGAUCAAUUGUUUUAUUUAUGUCAAUUUUAAGAUUAACUGUUGUUAAUUUAAAAGAAACCCCCAAAUUUUUAGUUUCAAAUAAUAGAGAUUCUGAAGCUAUUGAAAUUUUACAUAAUAUUGCAAAAAAAUAUAAUAGACCAUGUUCUUUAACUUUAGAAGAUUUAGAAAAUUUAGGUUCAAUAAAAAUUAAUGAUGAUUAUAGAAAACAUGUUAAUAUAUUGGGAUUAAUUAACUUGGUAAAACAUCAUAUUUCAAUAUUAUUUAGUAGCAAAAAAAUGGCAAGAUCAACUACUUUAGUAUUUUUAUCAUGGUUAUUAUUAGGUAUAAGUUAUCCAUUAUUUAGUUCUUUUUUACCUCAAUAUUUAGCAACAAGAGGUGCAAAUAUUUCAGCCCCAGAUGUUAAAGGAGUAUAUAGAGAUAGUUUAAUUUCAAAUACUGUAUCAAUGGGUGGACCAAUAAUAGCAGGAGGAUUAUUAUAUUUUUUCCCCAUAUUAGGUAGAAGAGGUGUAUUAUGUAUUGGAGGAGUAUCAGCAAUGGCAUUUUUAUUUGGUUAUACACAAAUUAAAAAUCGUGCUCAAAAUGUUGCAUUAUCUUCAUUAUCAUUUGCUGCAAUUUAUAUAUAUUAUGCUGUAUUAUAUGCUUAUACUCCUGAAGUUUUUCCAAGUCAUGCAAGAGGUACUGGUAAUGCAUUAGCUAUUGGUUGUACAAGAGUUGCAACUGUUAUUGUACCUUUAAUUGCUUAUUAUUCAAAUACUGCUAGUUCUGUACCUAUAUGGAUUUGUGGUGCAUUUGUUGGAGUUAUUGGAUUUUUAGCAUUAUUAUUUCCUUAUGAACCAAGUAAACAAAGAGUUGUUUAA